UAUUAACCUCUCUCUCUCCCUCUCUCCCUUGCCUUCUUCUUCAAUCACACCAACAAAAAUAUAUCAAUGGAUCAUCGCCUUAAGCUUUAUUUCUCUGUUUUCCUUGUGUUUUUCUUCAUCGUAUCCGUCUCGUCGUCUGAUGCCAACGACGGCGAUGAUCUGGUGAUCCGUCAGGUGGUUGACGAAGCCAAGGUUUUGUCCUCGGAGGAUCACUUUUCUCUCUUCAAGAAAAAGUUCGGCAAAGUCUACGCUUCGAACGAGGAGCAUGACUAUAGGUUAUCCGUUUUCAAAGCCAAUCUCAGGCGAGCGAGACGUCACCAGAAGCUGGAUCCGUCGGCGCGUCAUGGCGUUACGCAGUUCUCAGAUCUGACUCGCGCUGAGUUUAGGAAGAAGCAUCUAGGUGUUAAAGGCGGGUUUAAGCUUCCAAAGGAUGCUAACAAGGCUCCUAUUCUCCCUACCGAGAACCUCCCUGAGGAGUUUGAUUGGAGAGAUCGUGGUGCUGUUACUCCCGUCAAGAAUCAGGGAUCUUGCGGGUCUUGCUGGAGUUUCAGCGCCACCGGUGCUCUGGAAGGUGCUAACUUCCUUGCUACCGGCGAACUCGUCAGCCUUAGCGAACAACAGCUCGUCGACUGUGAUCACGAGUGUGAUCCAGAGGAGGCAGGUUCAUGCGACUCUGGUUGCAACGGCGGGCUAAUGAACAGUGCUUUUGAAUACACCCUUAAAACCGGAGGGCUCAUGAAAGAAGAAGACUAUCCUUACACUGGAAAGGACGGCCCUACUUGCAAGUUAGACAAGUCCAAGAUCGUUGCCUCUGUCUCCAACUUCAGUGUUGUCUCCAUUGAUGAAGAACAGAUUGCUGCUAACCUUGUCAAGAACGGUCCUCUUGCCGUUGCCAUCAACGCUGCCUAUAUGCAGACUUACAUCGGAGGUGUCUCUUGCCCUUACAUAUGCGCCAGGAGGCUCAACCACGGUGUCUUAUUGGUCGGUUAUGGCUCGGCUGGUUACGCUCCGGCUAGGUUCAAGGAAAAGCCUUACUGGAUCAUCAAGAACUCGUGGGGAGAGACCUGGGGUGAGAAUGGCUUCUACAAAAUCUGCAAAGGCCGUAACAUUUGUGGCGUUGACAGUCUUGUCUCCACCGUUUCAGCCACUGUCUCCGCCAACGCCCAUUAAGCAUCGUCAAUAAUUUUUAUUUACUUUGGUGAUUUGUGUGAGCGCUGACUCUUUCUCUAUCUUAUCUCUCUGCUUCUUGCUUGUAAAUAAAAAAAUGCAUUCUAUUGAGCAAUGCCGUACAAUGUUUCAUUAGUGAUGUUCCCUUUGAAUCGAACAAAAUAGGCCGUUUAUAUGGGCUUACUUUAACAA